AUGUCAAACGCCGAAGACUACACAAUCAAGAUCGACAAAGCACAUAACGAUCCCUCUUUAACUUUCAACCACACAUGUUUCAGAGUGAAAGAUCCUCAAAAGAGUGUUUCUUUCUAUGAAAACAAUUUUGGUAUGAAAUUAAUGGGUAAAAAGGAUUUCCCUGACAUGAAAUUUAGCUUGUAUUUCUUAUCUUUCCCUAAAUCUCAAUGGAAUAAGAAUUCUCAAGGUGAAGAUGAUGUCUUUAGUGCCGAGGGGAUCUUAGAAUUGACUCAUAAUUGGGGUACUGAAUCUCAAGCUGAUUUGAAAAUGAAUAAUGGGAAUGAGGAACCUCAUCGUGGGUUUGGUCAUAUUUGUUUCAGCUAUGCGGACGUUGAAAAGGCUUGUGCUGAAUUAGAAGAGAAGGGUGUUACUUUUAAGAAGAAAAUGUCAGAUGGUAGACAAAAGGAUAUUGCAUUUGUCUUGGAUCCUGAUGGAUAUUGGAUUGAAAUUAUUCAAUAUAUUAAAGGUGGUGAAAGUGUUCCAAGAACCGAUGUCGGAACAAAAUUUAAUCAUACUAUGAUUCGUGUCAAAGAUAUUAAUAAAACAUUGGCAUUUUAUCAAAAUGUUCUUGGGAUGAAGAUCUUAAGGAAAAGUGAUCAUCCAAAUGCUAAAUUUACUUUGUAUUUCCUUGGUUAUCCUGUUAAGGAAGGUGAAAAUUCGAGUUCCAAAGAAGGUGUUCUUGAAGUUACUCAUAAUUGGGGGACAGAAAAUGAUCCUGAUUUCCAUUAUCACAACGGAAACACUGAACCACAAGGGUAUGGUCAUAUUUGUGUUAGUUGUAAAGAUGCUGCUGCCUUAUGCGAUGAAAUUGAAACUAAAUAUGGUGAUAAGUUGUCUUGGGCUCCAAAAUUCAAUCAAGGGAAAUUGAAAAAUAUCGCUUUUUUGAAAGAUCCAGAUGGAUAUUCCAUUGAAAUUGUCCCACAUGGUUUGACCGUUUAA